AUGAAUAAUUCAAAUCGUGGACAACCACGUGGCAGAAGCCAAAAUUCCGGCGGUAACCGCCGACCUUUGCGUGACGCCCAACGUGCGUAUAACCAUAACGCUGACCAACAGCGUUUUGUUAACUGGGCGUACGAGCCUGAGCCCUUUGAUUAUGACAGGGUAAAGAAUAAGGCGCCGACAAAAAGGUCGCAGACGUAUAAGAGCAACAAACAACCAAGAGCUCAAACCGAAGAACAGACAGUAACGCCUAGCACAUCAGCGACUCCAAUGCGCGAUGAGCCCCUAUAUGACAUGGGACCACAUUCAUCGUUGCUCGCUACACAGGACGUGUACUGCCAGAACUUCGAGUAUUCGGGGUUUAUCCCCAUAGUAAACCAGACGUAUGAAAAAUUAAGAGGAGUAGAUCCCCGUCUGCAUGAGAGGUUACCUCUCAGUAUGUUUACUCACACGAUGUCGGCACAUUUGAAUCUAGAAAUACUAGAGACGGCACGGCAAUCCGGCCAAAAUGUAUUAAACCUGAGGACAGGUGCUCGUGAGGCUUUACCAGACUAUCAGGUAAUCCCACAGCCUAUUGUUGACUACAUUUCACAUAUAGCGUCAGUCAUGACACAAGAUGGGAAAGAAGUUCGGUUGAAUCUGCCACAAAUAGCUAUUCCUCAAGGCCCAAUUGAGGUAGAUGGAGUACGGCAUCCAAGUGGUUCAUUUGGUGUUUUAGUUGCACAGAACCAUAAUGUCUACGAAUGCUACAUAUCACCUUUGGAAUCAUCUAACCGUGUGAUAGCUUGGAUGCAGAGAAAUGCCGAUUACCUACCUUUACCAGAUGGGUUAAUUCCUGGAAAUUUAAUACCAAACAGAAAUCUACUUGGAUUCGAACCAGUAGACGUACCAGCUCCUGAAACAAGGUAUCAAGGAAUCCAAUUUCCUAAUGACGAUUCCAUUGAAGGAAGAUACCGAAUAUCAGAAACAGUCCAGAAUCCAGUAUACGUUGUACUUGCCGAGAUGAAAGAUCGGUUUAAGAUGAAGGAAUACCGCAGAGUACAAAACGAGAAGGGGCUUAAUCUGAUGGAGAAGGUUCAGUAUAAGAUCACUGCUGUUAAUCUAACUUUCGUAGAGACAACCGGGCCUAUCAACGAUGCUUUAAUUCCGUUGUAUACAAGAAAUGUGGCAAUCCACAGCUUUGGUGCCCAGGGUUCUGCAACUUCAAACCAAGCCAAUAUAGAAUGUUUUCACCGUCGACGUAUUAAUAGAGGUGCACAUAUAGCUAGAGGGUUUUGUUGCACUACGCCAGCGGGACAGGGUCCAGGAGGUUGGAAUGCCAGCCUUAACCAUAAUUUUGCAAUGGAGGGACUUUUUGGACCUGUCGUACACGCAGACUAUAACCAGCUUAGAGAGAGCAUGUUUACAUCCCAUGCAUCAGCUGGAGUACGAACAAAUGCUCUAGAUAACUUUAUAGAGCGAAACUACUACGUAGAUAAUAAGUAG